AAUUCGGCUGUAUUAAAAAUAAACCAGUAUUUGAGCUCAGAGUUGGAUGGAAGCAACACUAGGUAGAGAGCAAAUACGACAUGACAUCAUGAAUAUGCUAAUUAACGCAUUAUGUAAUCUAGCGACCUUUUGAGAAGGCUUUAGCUACUUCCCAUUGAAAGUUGUUAGCAGAGUGUGUAAACAGAAAGGUGUUGACCGGCGUGGGUGAUUUCAAUAACCAAGUUUGAACGUUUUUCUAACCUAACAUGCUGAAACCAUAUUCUUGAUUAGACUUGAUUGCCUCCAUUUUACUAAAAUUACUCUAUUCUCACGCGCUGAGCGAAAUCCUCAAUAGACAUGGCAGAAGAGCAUGUUUCCGUCACGGUGGACACGGGGAAUGGUACGCAGAUGUAUUUUCCAGUGGUUUUGAAGAAAAUCAUGGAAAUGCCCCCACCGAAUGUUCUCGAAGGCGACGACGAAAAUGACAAGGAGAAGCUCUUGGGAGAGGUUGUCGACUCUGGAGGGGUCAGUGGAAUGGGGCCAUCAGCCGCCUUAACACCUGCCAUCUGGGACAAGACCAUUCCCUAUGAUGGUGACACUUUCCACCUGGAAUACAUGGAUCUGGAAGAAUUUCUGAUGGAGAAUGGCAUUGCUGCCACAGGGGAUGAGGGUCAGCAAAAGAGUCUUUCUAAGGAAAACUCGACUGAAAAGCUAUCCACAACCCCAACAGUGAUGACCUCAGCAGCCAAGGUCUCUCUCAUCCCUGUCAUGGAACUGGAUCAGUGUGAGGAGGAUGAAAUGGUCACAAUCACAACAUCGAGCUCUGGCGCAACAGACUUCGAAUCGGAUAUGGACCGUGUGACACCAGAUCCCAUUAACCCAGAUGAUAUUGAAAUAGAGGUCAACUUCGAGCCAGAUCCCACAGACCUUGUACUCUCCAGCGUACCUGGAGGUGAACUGUUUGAUCCCCGUAAACAUCGUUUCUCUGAGGAGGAACUGAAACCACAGCCUAUGAUCAAGAAAGCCAAGAAAGUAUUUGUGCCUGAGGAGCAGAAGGAUGAGAAAUAUUGGCAGCGGAGGAAUAAGAAUAAUGUUGCAGCCAAACGUUCACGGGAUGCCAGGCGCCUUAAGGAGAACCAGAUUACUGUACGAGCAGCCUUUCUCGAGCGAGAGAACACAGCACUGAGGCUGGAAGUGGCGGAGCUGCGCAAGGACAUUGGGCGCUGCAAGAAUGUAGUGGUCCGCUACGAAGCCAAAUACGGACAACUUGAUCCAGCUGAAGACCUCUAAAAAAAUGUAUUUAUCUGCAUUGUUGAAAGGCAAUAAAUUAAUAAUGGUUUUGAGUAUGGAGGGCUGGAUAGUUGGGGUAACCGGAAGAAGAUGAUGAAUUGGAGAAGACUGGAGAUAAGUGAAUGAAUGAAUGAAUGAUUCAAUCGGAAGAAUUAGGUGAUAUUGAUAUGCCUAUACUGCAGAAUCCUGUCAACCACUCCUAUCAUUUAAGCUAGGAUUCAGUGCAACUGCAUACACAAUAUAUUUGAUUGAACUUUUAAGUGCUUUUUUUAAUAAUGCACCCAUUUUGUAAAAUGUUCUUCCCCUCUUUUUUUUUUUUUAUUUUACGGGGAGUUUUAUGGUAUAAAAGUCCUUCUCUGAAAUACUAAAUUUAUUCCAAGACGUCCUAUGGAACAUUUGGUACAAUGUACCACACAGUGGUACUUUUUAGCCCUUUUUUUUCUGCAACAGUAGUGAAAAUGUUGUCAUUAGUGCAGAUAGACCUUAUUCACGCUAGCGCUAUCUCUGAUUUUUAAUGGGAAUUACAACGAGGCUGUGAGGGAUAGAUGUGCAGACUUUUCAAUGGCCUGUACUGCAGUUUAAAGUGUUUUUGGAUCGUUCUGCGGUCAAAACAUUGAUCAAAUAUCUGUCCAAGAACAUUCAGUAUACAAAGAACUCCAGACAACCUGAGUUGUGAAAAAUCAGAUGUGAGCAUUAUACCGUUCGUGCCACUGAAAAGAUGGUAAGUCUAUCCCCUCAAGGCCUCGUUGUUCCAUUUAAAAAUCAAAGAUGCCACUAAUGUGUAUUAGGUCUAUAGGUGUGGUAACCUGUCCUAACUAUAAACAAGAAUUAUAUUUGUGUUGAAAAUUUGUCAAUCAUCAAGUGCUAGUGUUUAGUAGAAAAUGUUUUGAUAUGUGCAUUAUAUUUCUUUAAAACUUACAAAAAUAUGGACAUUUAUAGUCUUCUUUGUCUCCAAGAUCAUUAGAAGUACAACAUCAGGUAAUUUACGGUUUUCUUUUUUUAUAUUUUGCUUUCUGCUCUUGACAUAUUAUAUAAAUCAUAUACUGUUGACUACACCAUGGUAGUUUACCCUAUGCAUUGAGGUCUGUUUAUCCCUAUAAAUAACACUGUUGACAGAUCAAGGUUUCUCUGUUCAGGACUGAGCAAAACAAAUUCAGUGCUGAAAUAGUUAUUCUUUUUUCUUUAUAUGCAUUGUGUGUGUGUAUAUAUAUAUAUAUAUAUAUAUAUAUAUUUUUAUUUUUUUCAGAUAGACUUAUUUUUGAAAAUAUAGGUUAUGGCUUCACAUGGACAGUGUGAACUAGACAAUUUUUAGCUCAGUGUCACUCUGAUCCGUAAGUGUCUUUAGCUGGUUUACAUAUCAGCAACCAAACUCAAACCUCUUGUUAAGCAAUCAACCCUGGCUUGCAACUUUACUGUAUAUUUUGUCAAUUUUUCUGAAACUAGUUCUUUUGAAACAUGAACACAUCAGGGAAGGAAGAUAAAGGUUAAAUUCCUAAGUCAUAUCAAACAGCAAAUAUUGCAUUCAUUUAGUGAAGUGGAUGUUAGGACAUCAUUUAUUAUCAUAUAAUAAAGGGGGGGGGGGUGUUCAUCUAAACUUUGAUCUAAAUGCUGAAGAACAUUUCCCACAACUAGAACACAAUGUUUUUGUUUUAAAUAGGAUGUUGUAUAUAAGAUGCCAAUUGUCAUUUUAAUGUUUUGCUUGUUACUGUUCUUUUGGGAAGAAUUUUCUUUUGAAGUGCUUUAUUUAUAUAUAUAUAUUGGCCUCUUGUUUCAUGUUGUACAUAUUAUUAAA